GAUUUAAGCAAAAUUCAUUAUUUUUUGUGGCUUCAAAAGCAAAAACAUAUAUAGGCAUAAUUAAAAAUGGAAUCUUCUUCUCUAUCUAUUCUUACUUUGUUAAUAUUUCUAACUUGUUUUGAUCAUGCAAAACUGUUAGUUUCCGGGGCUGAUUAUGAUUUUAGUUACAUGAAAUCGGUUUACAACGCAACUGAUAUGCCCUUAGAGGAAGAAUAUGAUUACAUUGUGGUUGGAGGUGGCACCGCGGGAUGUCCUUUGGCCGCAACUCUAUCAGAAAAGUACUCAGUUCUUGUCCUCGAAAGAGGAAACGUCCCUAAAGCUCACCCCAACACGUUGGUUGCAUCCGGAUUUCUAACUAAUCUCGUCGAAGCAGACGAUGAUGGGGAUACCCCGGCGCAAAGGUUCACUUCAGAGGAAGGAGUUGAGAGCGUAAGAGGUAGGGUUUUGGGAGGGACAAGUAUGGUAAACGCGGCUUUCUUUUCUGAAGCUGACAAUGAUUUUUUGGCUAAGUCUGGAGUGGAAUGGGACAUGGAUGAGGUUGAGAAGGCCUAUGAGUGGGUGAAGAGCAAGAUAGUUUCGUAUUCGAAUUUGUCAACAUGGCAAUCUGCGGUUAAGGAGGCUUUGUUGGAAGCUGGUGUUGGUCCAGAUAAUGGAGUCACUACAAAACAUAAGGUUGGAACUAAACAAUCUGGUUCUACUUUUGAUAAUAUGGGGAGAAGACAUGGAGCUGUUGAGUUGCUUAAUAAGGGAAAUCUCAAAAACAUGAAAAUUGCAAUUCAUGCUUACGUGAAGAAAAUCAUAUUCUCCACUAAAUCCUCAAAUCCCAGUGCUAUUGGAGUUAUUUACACCGAUUCAAAAGGAAAAUACCACAAAGCAUUAAUACGUAACAAAGGAGAAGUAAUACUAAGCGCAGGUGCACUUGGAAGUCCUCAACUUUUGCUACUAAGUGGAAUUGGUCCAAAAUCAUACCUCUCAUCACAACAUAUUCCCAUAGUUCAUUCCCAAUCAAAUGUUGGAAAAUUCAUGGCUGAUAAUCCACGUAACAACAUUAAUCUCAUAAUCCCAUUCCCAUUUGAAGGAUCAGGAGCACAAGUUGUUGGAAUCACUAAUGAUUAUUUCAUAGAAACUGUAUCAUAUAGCUUACCAUUUGCUCCAACUACAUUACCUUUUAGCUUUUACCCCAAUCCAUUAACUCCACCACAAUUUAGUUUAGCAUCCAUAGUUGAAAAAAUCGUGGGACCUUUAUCAACCGGUUCACUUACCUUGGCUUCCACCAAAGAUGUUAAAAUCACCCCACAUGUUCGGUUCAACUACUUCUCUAACCCGAUCGAUCUUGCUCGUUGCGUUAGCGCGAUGAGAAAAGUCGGUGAGAUGUUGGAAACCAAAUCCUUAGAUCGAUUUAAGUACAAGGAUUUGAAUGGGGCUAGGGAUUUCAUGUAUUUGGGUCCUCCUUUGCCUGCCAACCAGUCAGAUAAUUCGGGUAUGGAAGAUUAUUGUCGAAGCUCUGUUACGACAUUUUGGCAUUAUCAUGGGGGAUGUCUGGUUGGGAAGGUUGUGGAUGGAGAUUUUAAAGUUAUUGGAACUAAUUCACUUCGAGUUGUUGAUGGAUCAACUUUUGUUAUCUCUCCUGGGACUAAUCCUCAAGCCACUUUAAUGAUGAUUGGCCGUUAUCUUGGGCUAAAGAUGCUAAAGGAGAGGACCAACUAAACUUAGAUUUCUAUAAGAUUUCAUUUACACAUAGAUCUAGUAGUAAAUAAAUAAAAGUUUCUAUACAGAAAGCAUAUAUAUAUCAUGAUGAUGUAUAAUAUCAAAUUACAAUUUUUUCUUUCAAUAAUGUAUUGUUGCUGGCGGCUGGCCUUAUUGUUAUGUUUUGACUCUUUUAAUUUCAAUUAUUCACGACCCAAAAAGUCAAAGACCAUAUCAGAUUUAAUAAAAACUAGUGAAAUAGUGAAAUUUCACGUGC